CACCGGACGCACGUGGCCAGACGAGGUGCGCGGUGCGUGACGCUGGUGCGGGCGGUGCGUGCGAGCGCGGCCGGCCGCCGCUGAUCGAGAGACGCUGAGAGAGCGGCACAGACCCACUGGAGUUCCCGCUGAAAGCCAGCGGUGCCCGGAGACCCGGAGAGACCCGGAGAGACCCGGAGAGCGGCGCGCCGGGAGCAGCGAGCGGACCUGACGGCCGGACCGGCAGCGACAGGUGACAGCUGACACUGCUCUGGCAGGUGACAGCUGACAGCGCCACCGAGCGGCAACGGACGGACGCCGGUCGGCGACAGGCGGCCUGCAGUGCGGUCGGCACGUCACCCUCUGCGAGCCAGAGUUUCCGCUCAGAGCCGAGGCUCUCCACCGCGGUGAAAAACUCAGUGUGUGAGCCGCACACUCAGCUGUGGCGAACUCAAACUGAGCACGGGACUCCGAGCCACCCGGUGGACUCGGUGAAACUGUGCGGUCCAAGGGACGCAAAUUGUGGUGAGCGGCUGAUCUGUCGUGAUCACGGAUCAGACUCAGUGAACACAGUGACUCAACGGACCAGACUCAGCGACCGCAGUGACUGUGGAUAAGGACCCAGUGACCUCACUCGGUCCGCGAACAGUGAGCUGGGCCGGUGACGUCAUGUCGAAACGGUCCUAAGGUCUCCCUACUCAAGAAACAUGCGAGGAUUUCUGCACGAGGCGGCGCGGAUCCUGCGGAAGCCCUCCAAAAGGGGCUCGCAGGACCUGCAGCAGCCGUGUGAGGUGGUGGACGACGAGGUGGCCGAGCCUGUGACCGAGGUCAGUCCCAGCCGCCGGCGGCCGCCGCAGCGGCGCGAGUCCACCAAACUGCAGUCGGCCACCAAAUUUCUGCGGGCCCUGCGCGCCGGCAAGGGCGACGUGGCCGGCGAUGGCGCGUCCCCUCCGGACCGCUCCAACCCGCACUAUCACAGCGAGGGCAAGGCGAACCGGCGGCGCGCCAAACAGGCCAAGGCGCGCGCCGAGCAGACGGAGCGCUCGCACAGCUUCCAUGACAAGGUCAGCAAGCGCAGCGUCGCGUCGGACGACGCGCGGCGGCGCGACAGCCUCGACAGCGACGCGCUGCCGACGGACCUGAGCGGUGACCCGCCGCCGACCUACGAGAACGUCGUCAACGGCUCCGGCGGCGGCGGCGGCGGCGUCAUCACGGCCAGCGGCAGCGGGGGCCGGGACGAGCCCGGCCGGCCCCUGCAGCGGGAUAAGGAGCGUCGCUCGGCGCGCAAACUCACCAAGGACUCGGGCUACGAGACGUCGCCCUACUCGGAGGCCGACUACGCCAGCCUGUCGCUGCGCAGUGAGAGCGCCGAGACGCUGACGGAGCGUCGGGCGGAGCCGCCCGGCCGGCCGGCGCUGCAGCAGUACCUCACCGAGGAGUACCUGAUCGGCGUGGACACCAGCCGGCUGGGCGGCGAGCCGGCGCGGCGCGCCUCCGUCUCCGAGGCCUCUGAGCCAGGCUCUGUCCACUCCGGCAGCACCCUGGUGCCGGAGCGGAGCGGCGACGACGGCCGGUCCAGCAGCAGCAGCGGCGGCGGCGGACGGGUGCGCUCGCCUCCGGUCGGCGCGCCGCGCUCCGACCUGGCGCUGGCCUGCUCCCAGUCGACACCGUCGCUGGCGCAGCAUGCGCUGACUCCCGGCGUCGGCAUGGUGUACAACUACGCGGCGGACGCGGCGCCGGCCGGCUGGGACGAGGAGCGCGAGCGGCAGGCGUACGCCGCCCACCUGCGCUCCUCCUCGUACCAGCUGCACUCUCGGCAGCGCUCGGCGCUCACCGGCGGCUCGUCAGAGGCGGCGCUGCACGCGCGCCAGCCGUCCGGCCACUCGGCGCACUCGGGGGACGACGACACACACUCGCACGCCUCCUUCCACUCGACCCACUCGCUGUACGGCAAGGAGGCGGCCCGCGCCGCCGCCGUCAGUGCCGGGGUCGGGAUCGGCGUGCCGGCCUACCCGACGGACGGCCGGCGGGCGUCGCACGACGCGCUGCCCAUCGAGCCGCCCCCGCCGCCGCCCCCACCCCCGCCGAUGUCAGACGCUGCCUCGGACGUCACCAGCCUGCACGACGGCGAGUCGCUGACGUACGACCUGGACGACAUCGACCGGGCGCUGGCCUCGGACGUCCCCGAGCGGGACCCGGCCAGUCUGACGCACAUCCGGUACGGACCUGGCCACGAAAAGUACCCGUCGUGGCCGGUGCCGGCGGCCGCCGAGCCCGAGUCGGGCCCCCUCUCCGGCGGCAGCUUCCGCUCCAAGUCGUGGACGGACAACAGCGAGCUGCCCAAGGACCGCGCGCCGGCCGGCGGCUACACCCGGCCGCACGCCAAAAAGUCUUUCAGCGCCACGUUUCAGCAGCAGCUGAACACGGUCAUGGAGAAGUGUGAGCGGAUAGGACCCGAGUCGUUCCUGGCGCCCGCCGAGCGCGAGAGCCGGGUCGUCGAGCGCGACAAGUCCGAGUCGCCGCGCGACGACAAGUUCCCCGUCAUCGACCGGGACGGCCGCGGCCCGGGCGACAAGGACUACAACAUCCCCAGCCCGCCGGAGCGUGACUAUGACGACAAGUUCUGCCGGCCGGAGCCGACCUUCUCGGAGGAGCUUGGCGGCCCGCGCGGCCUGUCCACGCCCUUUCUGGACCAGCUGCGGCGCGACAUCGUCAUGUCGCCCGUGGAGGACGGAGACGGCGGAGAGGGAGCCGAACAGUCGUGGAGCGGCGAGCGUACCGAGGCCGAGAGCCAGCCGCGCUCGGGCCGCGACAGCGUGGCCACCGUAGUCACCUACAGCAGCAGCAACAGCUCCAACGAGCCGAUGCGGCUGUACGGCUCGUUCAGCGACAUCAGCGUGGUGAGCUCAGCCACCAGCCGCUCGGACCCGCACCCGGACCACCAGAUCGCGCACAGCUCGCGCGUCAAGCCGCCGCAGCGGCUGCUCUCCGAGAACGUAACGACCGCGCCGCCGCCCGUCCGGCACCGGCCAGAGUUCAAACUGGCCAAGAGCGUGGACGAGACGCUGAUCACUGGACGGGAGUCGGACGCGCCCGACGGCGGCAGGGACUCGCGGGACAGCCUGGGCGCGCGGGACAGCCGCGAGCGCAACUCGCCCAAGUCGUCCCGCUCGCCGGCCAUCGACUACAGCAAGCCGCCGUCGGUCACCGACCGGAUCAAGGCGCUGGAAUCGCAGUCGCGCGAGUCGCGCCGCGACCUGCACUCCAAGUCGGUGCCCAACCUGCUGGCCGACAAGUGGUCGUGGCGCGGCGCCGGCCGGCUCGACGCCGACGCGUCGCUGCCGACGGCCGACGAGGGCCGCGGCGGCGCCACGCGCAGCGGCCGCAGCCUGGACCAGACGCCGUCGGACCGGGCGCGACCGGCCGACGCGCGGACCCGCGGCACCGACCGCCGCCCGCCGGCCCGGUCCGUCAGCUCCGACCGGUGCCGCGCCGCCCUGCCGGCCGAGACGGAGCGGCGGCGCUCCUCGCAGCCGGGGCCGCAGAAACCCCAACACCUGUCCCAGCUGUCCCAGCCGUCCCAGCCGUCCCAGCAGCCGGCCGCACAGAAGUCUUCCCAGCAUUCUCAGCAGCAGCCGCAGCAGCACGACUCGUCCACGCUGAAGGCGAUCCAGAAGCAGGCGGUGAUGUCCUACUACGAACGGCACAUGAGCCGUGCAGCCGCGCCGCAGACGCAGGCCGACCCCAAGGUGCCGGAGAAGCACGAGCGUGGCUACCGGGCCGGGCCGACGCUGUGGCGGGUGCCGGAGAGCCUGCAGCCGGACUCUGCGGCUGCGGCGCGGCCGGCGCGCGGCUCGCCGCCCAGCGCCGGACGCAGCCGCGGCCCGUCGCGACGUUCCUCGUCAGCCUCCGACCGAACCACGGCCAGCAGCAGCACCAGCUCCAGCCACAGCUCGGGGCGCAGCUCCAGCUCCAGCACCAGCCACCUGAGCGGGCUCGGCCACAGCCGCGGCUCCAGCCACGGCUCCAUCGGCGAGCAGAGCCUCGUGCACGCCAGAAAGAUCACGGAGCUGCCCGGCUCCGACUCGGUCUGCUCGUCCCUGCCGGCGGUGCCGACGGUCGACGGCGACCACUCCAGCAUCCGUGCGUCCAAGGCGAGCCAGCACGUGCGGUCCAGCUCGCGCGAUGACCAGCCUCCGGAGCGGCCGCCCAAGAAGCCUCACCUGCGCGCGCUCAGUAGCGGCGCGCUGCCGCCGCCGCCGGCCGACGAGCCGCCCUCGUCGCCCCCCUCCCGGCCGCCCAAGAGCCCCUGCAUCCGGAAGCCGGCGCUGCCGGAGCCGGCGCGCAGCGGGUCUCCGGACCUGCCGCCGCCGCCGCCGCCACCCGUGGACGAGUCGCUGACCAUCAGCGACGAGCCGCUGCCGCCGCCGCCGCCCUCCAUGCUGGAGGUGCAGGUGGCGCCGCACGGGGGAGCCACCGGCGCGGUGCGCUCGCCCUCGUCGGCGCAGAGGGCGCCACCGCUGUCACCGUCCGGCCAGCCAGCGACCUACCACAAGGACUCCUACAUGGCGCACCGCCGGGACUGGAAGUUCGGCUACGAGGGCCGCUACCGGCGCACCAUGUCGCCGUCUCCACCGGCGCGCGCCGCCGAACCCAGCUCUCCGUCACCUCCGCCGCCGCCGCCUCCCGUGGCUCCGACCCCGGCCAUUGGUCGGAGCGUGUCGUACGCGGCUCCGCGCUGUGAGGAGGCGACCACGCCGCGCCUGGAGGCGGCCACCAGCGCCGGACGGCUCACCGAGGGUGGCAGCAAAGUGGCGCGCCAGCCGAGCACCACGGUCGUGUUCACAGACGCCGAGCUGCGGGCGUUCCGCGCGCGCGAGCAGCGCUCCAAAGAGCUGCGCGCCGCCGAGGAUAGCGGAGAGGAUAAGGAGAACGUCCGAGAGCAGAACGGCGCCGUGGUCGAGCCGGUCAGCCACCCGCGUCGCCAGUACAGCCUGGAGCUGCUCGGCCGGCCGGCCGCCCCCGCCCCCGCCCCCACCCCCGCCGCGGCGACACCCGUCAGCCAGGAGUCGCCGCCGCCGCCGCUGCAGCCGGCACCCACCGCCUACCGGAGUCCCAUCGCCGAGGCCAGGAACGAACGGUUCGCCGCCUACAAGAAGUACAGCGAGAUCAAGUCGAGCGGCAAGGCGCCGGCGGCUCCGCCCGCGGAGACGGCCGUUCCGGCACUGGUGACGGACUCGUUCCCGGAGUCGGAGCGGACCGAGCUGCCGGAGCCGGCCGCCGCUCCCGCCGGGAGCUCCUCCCGGUCCGUGGAGCCGGUCGAGACGGCGCGGCUGAACGGGGAGCCGGCGCGGCCCUCGUCCCCGUCGGCCCGCCACUCGUCCCCGCCGCAGUCCCCGCCGCGGCCGCCGCGCUCCCAGCCGCCGGCCCAGAUCGGCCGCAGGAAACUGCCCGAGGAGAUCGAGUGCGAACAGCUGUCCCGGGCGUUCGUCUCACAGGCGCCGGUCGACAACAAACUGCAGAACCUGCUCGUGCCCGGCCCCGACCACCGGACGAGCGCGCACUACAUCCAGGGCCUGUUCGACCUUCAGCUGACUCGAACGGCGCCUCGGAAGGCCGCUCCAGCCUGUGCCGCCAGCGCGGCGCCGGCGCGCUCACCAGCAGGGUCGCCGGAUAAACCGUCUCCCGAGACAUCUCCGUUGCGACCCGAUUCGGCCUACUUCACCACGUCGGCGUCCAAGGCCAAGUUCCUGACGCAGUACGGACGCGACGUCUCUGCCGACCAGAGCCUCAAGAACGUACACAACGUCGAGGAGGUCAAACGGCAAAAGGAGGAGCUGGCUGCGCGCAUUUCGCGGAAGCUGGACAUCCUGCGUGCCGAGCAGCAGGCCGUGCGGCAGGAGAUUGAGACGAACGUGACGCUGGGCGCGGCCGUCUGGGCGCGCGUCGAGCAGCUGGCGCAGCCGGCAGAGGCCGACAAGUACUCGACCUACGUGGAGCAGAUCGGCACAAUCACCAGCCUGCUGCUGGGCCUCAGCGGCCGGCUGGCGCGCGCCGAGAACGCGCUCGGCUCGCUCGGCGAACAGGACGUCGACGAGCGGGCGAACCUGACCAGCAAGCGGGACAAGCUGUCGGAGCAGCUGGAGGAGGCGCGGAAGCUGAAGCUGAACAUCGACCGUCGCAGUCAGCAGGUGAACGUGUUCCUGCAGCACUACCUGAGCUCGGACGAGUACGCCGACUACCAGCACUUCAUCCAGAUGAAGGCCAAGCUGAUCAUGGACUCGCGAGAGAUCGACGACAAGCUGCGGCUGGGUGAGGAGCAGCUGGCCGCGCUCAGCCAGACGUGACUGGCGGCGCCGGCCGCGGCACGACGCCAGUGCCACCUACCGAGUGAUACCGCAACUGCUGCUGCGCCGGCCCGCCGGCAGCUGUCGCGCUGUGUGUGAUACGCCGCCCGGCCCGGCCCGGGUCGGCACCGGCCCCACAACGACGGACGACUAUUUAACUGUCCACCCAUACCUAGUGAGGCAUUUAUUUCCAGAGACCUUUUUAUCCCUGAAUGACUUGUCUCUCCUGUGCGCGUGUUUGUGUGCGUGGCUGUGUGAGUGCGCGAGUGCGCCAUUCUGCGUCAGGUGAAUCUCUAUGAGCUCUGUCCGCGAUAUAUGUCGGCGAAGAGGGCCCGAUGACUGGCCAAGCCACUGUGUACUUUGCAAUAUGUCCGCCGUUCGGCCCGCCCGAUGUAAGACGAUCAUUGUGUGUUGUACAUAGAACACAUGUUCGCUAAUGCUGUGCUUCCAGUGCCCGUGCUGCAUAUAGGAAGGAUAUGUGCCAGAAUGUACUGUUGUUAUACCUAGCCUAGGUCAAUGAGCUUUCCAAUCGUGCGCGUGCGCGUAAUUUGGCCUUAUCGGAGACGGCCGGGGUGGGGGCGGGCUGCCGGGCGAGUGCUGGGGUCCCGUUCCCCGUGGUCAGAAUAUCAGUAUAUUGUACCAGGUGUAAAUUGUUAAUAAACUAUUGCCAUGCAA